GCUAUCUUUGUCGCUCUUUUUGCCUGCGUAGCAGUUGCCUCUGCCGGUUUGGUAGUUCCUCAAGCUUAUAGCUACGGAUACGGUUAUGCUGCUCCAUAUGCUGCAUUCGGUUAUGCUGCCCCGUAUGCUGCUCCUCUGGCAUAUGCCCAUGCUCCAAUCGCUUAUACUGCCCCUGCUGUUCAAACUGGAUAUGUAGCCGCUACUCGAGGUUCAGUUCAUACCGCCCCUCUUCCAGAAGGCCCAUUAGCUUUCAGCCACCACCUCAACACUGCUCCUGCUCCAGGUACCUUGUGAAUAGAUGAAUGAUUGAGUUAACAAAUAAAAUUUUCAUAAAAACCCA